CUUCAGUCAGCGCCGGUCAGUGCGUGUCGUGUCGUGAGGGAGAAGGUCUCGUUAUUCCCAGUUUCAUUCGACGAAAUUCGCGUCCGCGAUUGUUUUGUCGUUUUAAUCAACGAUAAUUCGCGGGCAACGCCGGUCGGUCGGUCGGUUGCGCCGAUAAUAUAUACUCAUUAUCGUCAUCGCGAAUGUACGAGCGUCGUGAAAGACGUCAUCGCGUCUGUUUGGUUGCCGAAAAAGGUACUUGGUGAAUUUGUGUCGAGAUCUCUCGUCGCGCGUGUGUUUUUUCGUCCUUCGCUGCUCGCAUAUAUCCUUCGCCUUCGUCCCUUGUUUGAGUUCCUGCACGAGGAAGCCGACUGCGAAAAUGAGUGCCAUGAUACUGUGGAUUGUUACGGCGAUUAUCGGAGUCGCGACGACGAUAAACGCCGCCGGUCUCAAAUGCGACAACGUCAAGCCGAUCUUCGAGGCGCAGGGCUUUCCGCUCAGCGACAUUCCAAAGGAGGCAAUUUCAUCGAAAGAGCUAAAAGUAUGCGGCAGCGUGAGAAGCGGUGGCGAAGUGUGCUGCUCUGCCGACAUGGAAUUGAGAUUGCAAGCACGAGCACGUGACAAGCACGAGAAGGCGACCAAGGAGACUCUCAAGAGAAUGCAUCAGGUGCUGGCAACACGGGGAACCAGGUUUCAUAGUUUUUUCAAGGAUCUAGUGACAGGCAGCAAACGAGGCUUUCAUGAAAUGUUCAAGAAGACCUACGGCAUCCUUUACGAACAGAACGCGUAUGUCUUCACAGACUUCUUCAACGAGCUGGAAAAUUACUAUGCAAGAGGAACGGUGGACCUCGAUGAUGCCAUGGAUAAUUUCUUCAACACUCUCUAUCAGAAAAUGUUCACUGUACUCAACAGCCAAUACAACUUUGACAAUAAAUAUCUAGAGUGCGUAGGCGACCACAUGAAAGAGAUGCGACCGUUCGGAGAUGUGCCGCAGAAAUUAGGCGUGCAGCUCAAACGAUCCUUCGUGGCCACUAGAGCCUUCAGCCAAGCUCUAACGGUCGCUGCAAACGUGCUAAAAAAUAUGCAAACGCUGAAACCAUCGCCGGAUUGCGCAGCUGCCCUGACCAGGAUGACAGUCUGUCCAUCCUGUAGCGGUAUAUCGGACAACGUGCUGGCAUGCGGCGACAUGUGCACGAAUGCGAUGAAGGGUUGCUUGGCGCAACACGCGGCACUCGACACUGAAUGGAAUCACUUCGUCGAGGCUGUGGACAAGGUCGCUGAUCGAUUGCUGGGCCCAUUCAACAUCGAGGUAUUGGUCAGUCCGAUCAAUCUGAAGAUCUCUGAGGCAAUCAUGAACUUCCAAGAGAACAGCCACGACGUGUCGCAACGUGUGUUCACUGGUUGUGGCCGACCGAUGCUAGGUAGACGUAGACGUAGAGACAAUCGCGAGCUGGAGCUGGAAUCUUUGAACUUUGAACAGGAGACAACGGAACAUCACAAUCCUUCUACUGGGGGAGUCCUAGACAAAUUGGUGAAGGAGAUACGCCAGCGAGUGCGCGAUCUCAAACAAUUUUGGGUUUAUUUGCCCUAUCGGUUGUGUAACGAUGGUCUGAUUGUAUCGCCUAGUAACACAAACAAUUGUUGGAACGGCACACACGUAGACAAAUAUAAAUAUCCAGUGUCCUCGGAUGGCGAAAUUCAAGCGACGAACCCAGAAGUGCGCACUAUAGCGUCAAGAUCGACUAUCGUAAAAGAUCAAAUUUUCGCGCUUACUACUAUCACAAAUAGAUUGAGAUCAGCGUUCAACGGGCAAGACGUCAAUUGGAUCGACACAGAGGAAACGUGGUACGGUUCUGGCAGCGGUUCUGGCGACGGUGCGUUCACCGAUGACGAAGAUGGUUUCAAAGAAGGUUCUGGUUACGAGCCGUCACAUGUGGAAUCGGAGCCGGAAUCGCCGUCUCCAAAACAGCCGUCUCCACCGGUUGUUCACGAGGUCGAGACGCCGCCGGGAGUGGAUAUUGAGCUGCACAAGGGUACGGGUACGAGCAGCACGGGCGCGGAUAACAAUCAGACCACCGUUGUGGACAAUAGUAGCGGUGCCAGUAGGCAAAAGAUGUCGUUGUCCAGGGCACUGACGACGUACCUGGUACCGAUAGUAGUGAUGUGGUUCGGCGGUUGCCUCAAUGACUUUCUGUGAUCGUGUGGACUUUACGAUUCUGAGCCUAGCCCAGUGUAAAUAUUGCCCGAUUGCGAACUGCAAUCUCGAUCGCGAGAUUGAUAGAGAUGGAAAAGUACUCUCGAUAGACUUGAAUCGCGCAUAGUGAUGUCCUCUGAAUCUUCUUGUUCUUAGAAGUCGAGGAUAUUUUGCGAACAGAGCAUCCUUUGGUCCAUUUCUGGACCAUCAAUUUCAAUAUUUGCUAAAUAUGACCGAAUAUGUGUAUCGAUUCAGCGAGUAUCGAAAUCGUUAGUCAAUCGACCUAGCACGGAGUAUACGAAUUUGCGUGGCCAUAGCUUUUCGCUCGUUUUAUACGGGCAAAAAUAAAAAAGAUCAGCUACUUGUUGUUUGGAUGAAAGACAUUGUAUGUACAUUUAAUGAGAUAAUGGAUUUUACUAAAUUCUUACAACAGCUUUUAUCCCAUCAUGACGAUGAUAAAUAAAACUGAUAGUGGUCCAAAUGUUUAGAACCACGAUAACGAUUGUACGGCCCGCGAACUGAACGAUUCAAUCAACAACACUUCAUAAUUUUAUCUCUUUUCAUCAAUCUCUUUCUCGUCUGAGGAAAAUAGAUGUUUUUUUAUAGCGUGUUGCGAAACUUGAAAUAGGAAUGUACUUCCGAACUUGUAUCUUGAAUGAUAAUAUUUCAAUGCAAAAGGAUUUUUAUUUCUGUGGGAUUUUUUUUAGAAAGAAAUUUCUUUUAUGCAAGCGUAAAAUACAAGUGAUGAUAU